UGGGCAGGUGGGCAGGUUGUGGUGGGGGGACCUCAGGCCUGCCCCUCGGAGCGUCUUUGACGGUUUCUGACAUUCGAUUGCCUCCACGUGACGCUGCUGCUUUGCCGGCUUCUGCCAGAUGUUGUGUUCCAGCCUGCUGGGAUUCAGAGCAGCAUGAGUAACUUGGCGUUUGCAUCGGAGGAGAUGGCCAGCCUCGGGGCUGAGGUUUUCUAGGCUUCUCUUCUUUGCUUCUGAGUUUGCAAAGCAGGGGUUUUGUCUGCAGCCAGAGCGUUCUCACUUCACAGCUGGUGCCUACGAGGGGCAGGACUCCUGGCUCAGGAAUCUGGCUGCCUGAAAGGGGUGAGGGGAGGAAAGGGGGCCGUGCGGAGUGGUUGCCUGGUGACGUGGGGGGGGUGGGCACAGCAGCCCCGGAGGUGAUAAAAGGAGUGGCACUGCCCCGGCAGGAUGGCCGGCUGGCAAGGGGAGCCUGCCCCCUGGGUCCCACACAGCACAAGAUGAUGAUCAGGCUGCCACACAAGAAGCUACAGAGACUGUUCCUCAGAAAGGAAGAAGGCGUAGUGAAGGAGAUUGACAUCAGCCACCAUGUGAAGGAGGGCUUCGAGAAGGCAGACCCUUCCCAGUUUGAGCUGCUGAAGGUUUUAGGACAAGGAUCCUACGGAAAGGUGUUCCUGGUGAGGAAGGUGAAGGGGUCCGAUGCUGGGCAGCUCUACGCCAUGAAGGUCCUUAAGAAGGCCACCCUAAAAGUUCGGGACCGAGUGAGAUCGAAGAUGGAGAGAGACAUCUUGGCAGAAGUGAAUCACCCCUUCAUUGUAAAGCUUCACUAUGCCUUUCAGACGGAAGGGAAGCUCUACCUGAUCCUGGACUUCCUGCGGGGAGGGGACCUCUUCACCCGGCUCUCCAAAGAGGUAAUGUUCACGGAGGAGGACGUCAAGUUCUACCUGGCUGAGCUGGCCUUGGCGUUAGACCAUCUCCACAGCCUGGGGAUCAUCUACAGAGACCUGAAGCCUGAGAACAUCCUCCUGGAUGAAGAGGGGCAUAUUAAGAUCACAGAUUUCGGCCUGAGUAAGGAGGCCAUUGACCAUGACAAGAGAGCAUACUCCUUCUGUGGGACGAUCGAGUACAUGGCGCCCGAGGUGGUGAACCGGCGAGGACACACGCAGAGUGCCGACUGGUGGUCCUUCGGCGUGCUCAUGUUCGAGAUGCUCACGGGGUCCCUGCCGUUCCAGGGAAAGGACAGGAAGGAGACCAUGGCCCUCAUCCUCAAAGCCAAGCUGGGGAUGCCGCAGUUCCUCAGUGGGGAGGCACAGAGUUUGCUGCGAGCUCUUUUCAAACGGAACCCCUGCAACCGGCUAGGUGCUGGCAUUGACGGAGUGGAGGAAAUUAAGCGCCAUCCCUUCUUUGUGACCAUAGACUGGAAUAAGCUGUACCGGAAGGAGAUCAAGCCACCGUUCAAACCAGCAGUGGGCCGGCCUGAGGACACCUUCCACUUUGACCCCGAGUUCACAGCGCGGACACCCACAGACUCUCCUGGUGUCCCCCCAAGUGCGAAUGCUCAUCACCUGUUUAGAGGAUUCAGCUUUGUGGCCUCAAAUCUGAUCCAAGAGCCCUCACAACAAGAUCUCCACAGAGUCCCAGUCCACCCAAUCGUGCAGCAGUUACACGGGAACAACAUCCACUUCACUGAUGGCUACGAGAUCAAGGAAGACAUCGGGGUCGGCUCCUACUCGGUGUGCAAGCGAUGUGUGCAUAAAGCCACUGACACCGAGUAUGCUGUGAAGAUCAUCGAUAAGAGCAAGAGGGACCCCUCGGAAGAGAUCGAGAUCCUGCUGCGGUAUGGCCAGCACCCCAACAUCAUCACCCUCAAGGAUGUCUAUGAUGAUGGCAAGUUCGUGUACCUGGUGAUGGAGCUGAUGCGCGGCGGGGAGCUCCUGGACCGCAUCCUUAGGCAGAGAUACUUCUCAGAACGCGAGGCCAGUGAUGUGCUGUGCACCAUCACCAAGACCAUGGACUACCUCCACUCCCAGGGGGUUGUCCAUCGAGACCUGAAGCCGAGUAACAUCCUCUACAGGGACGAGUCGGGGAGCCCGGAAUCCAUCCGAGUCUGCGACUUUGGCUUUGCCAAGCAGCUGCGUGCGGGGAACGGGUUGCUCAUGACGCCCUGCUACACGGCCAACUUCGUGGCCCCGGAGGUCCUGAAGCGUCAAGGCUAUGAUGCAGCGUGUGACAUGUGGAGCUUGGGGAUCCUGCUGUACACCAUGCUGGCAGGAUUUACCCCUUUUGCCAAUGGGCCGGACGACACCGCUGAGGAGAUUCUGGCACGGAUCGGCAGCGGGAAGUAUGCCCUUUCUGGGGGAAACUGGGACUCCAUAUCUGACGCAGCCAAAGACGUCGUGUCCAAGAUGCUCCACGUGGAUCCUCAUCAGCGCCUGACAGCCAUGCAAGUGCUCAAACACCCGUGGGUGGUCAACAGAGAGUACCUGUCCCAAAACCAGCUCAGCCGACAGGACGUGCACCUCGUGAAGGGAGCGAUGGCCGCCACCUACUUUGCUCUAAACAGAACACCUCAGGCCCCGAGGCUGGAGCCCGUGCUGUCAUCCAACCUGGCUCAGCGUAGAGGCAUGAAGAGACUCACAUCCACACGGUUGUAGCGGGUGGGACCCUGGCCCCAGUGUCCCCCGCCAGUGUCCUCAUGGGCUCUCAUACCCUGGCCUCAGGGCCCAUCUGGCACCCAGAGUGACCACAAGUCCAGCAGGGAGGCGGCGCCCGCCCUCGCCGUGUCCAUGUUUUCUUUUUCAGCCCUGGAGAGGGUCCUGACCUAGGGGCUUCUCCAAGCCUCACUCACCAGCCUCGCCGCCCGCUCUCCUUUCUCCUGAUCAAAACCAAAUGCGCCCCUUCACCUUGUACGGCCAGGCGAUGCCAGGGGCUCCUUUCAGAGCCCACGGGCCUUCUCAUUUCAUGGCUUCUGUUUCUACUAAGAGAUCUGUUUUCCAAUUAGGAAGCCGGUCACUCGGUCAGACUCCCGACGCCAGCGUCCCGGGUACCUGGUGGGAAGGUGGCAGUGCAAUGGCGCAGCCGUGGGUGGUUGCAGGCCCAGAGGGUGGGGGUGACCUGGCAUCCCGGGGCUCCCCACAUGCUGGAUGACCAGGUUGGCACUGUGGCAUCCAGGAGGGACGUCUGGUUCUGCCCAAAAUAAUCCAAAGAGCUGUUUCCUCCUCGCCCUUCAGUCUCUGCCUGAGGUGCUGGGUAGCCCAUCCUUUCCUCUGUCCCAAAUUCAAAUGAGGAGAAGGAGCCCAGGCGGGAAGCAGGUGGGCUGGAUCUUUGCCGUGUCACCAGGAUGGAAGGGGGUCCCUCCCAGAGGAGCCUGUGCCCACCUCGAGUCCCUGCUUUCCGAGGGUAGGGGGCCAAGCGCACUGGGCUGCCCUCUGUCCACAGCUCUGGUGUCACAUGGUUACCUGGAGGCUUUGCGGGGAGCCCUGGUCAGCUUCCUGCGUGCUCACCCAAAGCUGUGGUUUUGCCGUGUUCACUUUGAUUUUUCUGGUCUAUGGAAAAGCUGUGAAUUGGAGGAAUGGAGCUCUGUGGCUUCCCACCAAUCCUCAGUUCAGCGGCGCAGGUGGGAGGGCAGCGGAGAUGAGGUGGACAGGGGCGAUGCACUUUGUAGAUGCUGCUUUGUGUUGUGUUGUGUGUCUCUGUUGCACAGAUCUGUUUUCACACUGAUCCGUGUUCCCCUGAGUGUGCACACACGGUGGGUACAGGGCAUUGAGGGCGUGCUGUGCUCUCCUUCAUUGUAUAAAAUUGAGUGAGAAGGUUCCGGGCAGCAGGCUCAGUGCCCAGUCCAGCCGGCAGAGGGAACACAUGGGUCCUUCAAUCUGCUGUAAGGGUGUUGAAGAUGCUCCCUGGCGGCCCCCACACCAAGGGACCCAGCAAGAGGACUGGAGAGGAGGCAGCCGCUCCCCCUUCGCCCCGCAUCACAGAAGAGCAACCCCUCUGCAGGAACUGGGGCUUCAGGAGGCGCCCGCUGGCUGCAGCAGGUUUUCCCUAAGAAGAUGUUAUUUUGUUGGGUUUUGAUCUCCCUCCAUCUUGUUUCUAGCACCCAACUUAAAAAAAAACUGGGCUGUGUUCUGAAAAAUAACCCCUUAGCUUGGUCUCAUUGUUUUCAGACCUUAAAAUAUAAACUUGUUUCAGAAGCUUUAAUCCAUAAGGAUUUUUUUUUCUUCUUAGAGAACAAGAAAACAUGAAAGGAGAGGUGGGACUGAAUACCUGGUUCCCAUGGGGCCUGCUGGGCCUUGCUCACAUCUUCUCCGUAGAAGAUGCUUUUUCCGGAGGCUAGAGUGAUUUCCACCCUGAGGAAUUUGCUUUUUCAUUCUUCAUUAUUUCAUUUCUACUUAGGAAAAUGUGGAUUGUCCUAAGGUCACAGAGUUUGUCCUCCCAGAAGUGAACGGAAGCCAUCACCACUGCAUCAGCUGCCUGGCCCCUGUGGUCUGUCUGCUUGAAGUCAGUGGGUUCUGGUUCAGGGAGAGGGAAGAGGGAGAGGCGAAUGGGGAAGCAUCCGCCAGCAGGCGGCCACGCUUCUUCCUCUCUGUGUGCCCAUGGCCACCAGCUUGUGGUCUUUUUCAGUAAUCCGUUUCGUACAGCCUUAGCUUCUGAACUCUAAGAAUGCCAAAGGGACGGGUGAGACUCCCCAUCCCUGCGAGCUAUCCUUCUGUGUAUUUGCUGUGCGUCAGCGGAGAACACUGGCUUGGGCCUGCUCCACUGAGUGUGAAAUACCUCUACUUUCCCUCCCGUAUCUGGAAAAAAAUGAUACUUGAAAUCCUUCCACAGAAAGUCAGCCUUGAAGUUAUGGUAUCAUAUGUUAAGCUAAGCUUUCAAAAAAUUUAGCGAAAUAGUAUGUGACUGCUUUCUAACAGUGGUCAACUUGUAAAUGAAGGUGUUCUUAGAAUUCACAUUUCGCCAGCUCAGCGCACCUCCACGCCUCAUGAAACGCUUCAAAUGAUUUGCACAAAUGACACAGACCUCCCCAAAAGUUAAUUGGCUCUCCUCGCUCACACAGACCCUCAUAACCCCUGUGGAUCAUGAAAAUCACAGCACUUAUAAACACGGAAUCCUAGAUCUCAGGCUUCCUAACCCACCAUGGGUGGUCCUUCCUGACCACCCUAUAGGGUCCUCCUUCCCUGGCAGCCCCCUAUGCGGGAGAAACACCUGAUUCUCCCAGUCAGCAGUGGGAGAGCUUCGCUGAAUUCCACCCCAAAGUCAAACAUGGGCAAGAGGUGAGGAUCUCACUUUUACCCCCAAGUCCGAUUUGUCUGUGAUUUUAAACUAACUGUGUAAGUAUUGCUGUUUGGAAGAUUGUUUGAAUUUUAAAGCGAUGAUAGUACUUAACGUUAGCCAGUAUUGUUCAUUAAAUGGUGUUAUCCUAAAGCUGCACUUGGGAUUUUUCCCUAACGCUUUACUGAUUCUCUCAAGCACAUGGCAAAGUUUGAUUUGCACUCCGUUCCUUUCUGACGUGGUUUUGCUGCCUCCUCCUUUCUAAGUGUCGCGUAGGUUCGGGAAGGAUGCUGCCGGUCCGUGAGCGCAGCAGAGGGGGUGGAAGGUGGACUGCGGCGCGGCUUCAGGGGCUCAGGACGGAGGCUGCCACGUCCAGGUCGUUCUACUGCGCACGCUUCUCUGCCUUGCUCCUGACUCAGCACUCUGUCCACAGGCUCAGCAGUUAUGUUCACGGAUCAUUUUCAUGUUUCCGCUUUGUAAUUCCUGUUUGAGACGGGUGGCCGCUGUACAGAUAUUUAUUACGCUUUCCAGACUUUCUGAAUAGAUUUUUUUGAAUAAACAUGGUUUUAUGAAGUGUAA